AUGACAGAUGUCUUUGACUACGGCUUCGGCUGCGAACCCACAGACCCUGAAGAGUACAACGCCUAUGCAGCUUUUAUUCUUGACGGAGCACCGGAUGACGCCCCACCCCCACUCCCAGCCAGGGUCGACCUGUCGGACAUGAUGAGCCCGGUCAAGAACCAAGGGCCACACAGCUCGUGUGUCAGCUUCGCGGUCUGCAAUGUCUUGGAUAUAAUCCCCAAUGUCGUAGGCCUCGUGCAAGAUGAAUCCGAACGCUUCAUCUGGUACAACUCCAAACUCAAGACUGCAGGGGAGGCCGCUGGAGUCCUUAAUGUUGGCACCAGAAUCCCUGCCGCUAUCGCUGUCGCACAGCAGCUGGGCAGCUGUUGGGAACACACAUGCCCAUAUGACCCCAGCCCGCUGGAUGCUCCUGGCCAAGAGGCAUUCGCCGAAGCCCUCAGGAUGAAAGUCACAACUGCGGCCAGACUACCUGGCAAUACAUUGGACGACUACAAGCGAGUGCUGGCAGCAGGAUUGCCCGUUAUUGUCGCCUUUGACAUCUUUGGCGACCGUGAAUACAGACAACAAUACCUCUAUGGGGACGCAGAGCAGCCCGGGAGAAUGAAGAUGCCGCCAGUACCCAUUCCGGCAAGAACCGCUGGACAUGCUGUACUGUUCGUUGGUUACGAUGACGCCACCGAACUUAUCAAAUUCAAGAACUCCUGGGGCCCGGAGAGUGGCGAUAACGGUUACUACUAUAUGCCUUACGCCUAUCUCCAAUGGACCCGUGAUGCAUUUGUAGUGACGGACCAAGAAAUCACUGAGCAUCCAGCUCAGCCUAUGCAGGCGGCUCCACCAAUGGCCACGGCGGGAACUGUCACGGAGCAAGCGGUGGUAACUAUCACGCAGCAAGCGGUCACUGAACGCCCGGUUGAGAAGGUGGCUUUCGCAACGGUUGGGGUGAAAACUCUGCAACAGGAGGCAGUGAGAUCCGUGUUGAUGAGAAAGGCGUUCACCAUCUCUGAGGGGAGACAACCGUGUGAUGUGUACAAAUUCUAG